UUUGGUAUAUAAUUUCCGAUAGCCUUGAAGGCAACACAUCCUCCGCUAAGCUAGUGGGCUGCAAAAUCACCUUCAUCUCAAGAGAACGGACAGUGUUGUUAAGCUGCUCAUUUAGGUCUUGCUUCUUGGCCGCAGAAAAAUGCUGCACCCGCAGAGAUCCCUGUCCGAGCUGCCGAAGAUGUCCGCUGCCAGUCAGGUGGAAAGAGCCGUGCUGGAGGAGGAGUUUAACUGGCUGCUGAAAGAAGAAGUUCACGCUGUCCUGAAGCAGCUCCAAGAGAUCCUAAAGGAGGCGUCCAGACGUUUCUCCAUGUCCACACCAGGCCUGGAAAGUCAGAUGAAGCAGGAAAACUUCAUCCUUGGCAGCUCAACCAUGGAUCAGGUGAAAGGGGUGCUGACUCUGCAGGGAGAAGCUCUGACUCAGGCUGACAUAAACCUGAAGGUUGCCAAGAGCGGCCAAGUCCUGCAUUUUCAGUUGAGAGAAGACAAACAGUGGAAACUCCAGCAGAUCCAGGAUGCCAGGAACCAUGUAAACCAAGCUUUGCUGCUUCUAAACAGCCGUGAUGAGACGUACCAGUUCAAGACGGGGGCUGAGGUUAAUAAGCUCAUGGACGCAGUGAUGUUACAGCUGACACGUGCACGAAACCGCCUCACCACUCCUGCAUCCUUGACUCUUCCAGAACUUGCAACCAGUGGUCUGAUGAAAAUGUUCACUCCUCCUAUGCCUGGUGAUGUGAUGGUGAACUUUUACAUAAAUUUAAGCAAACUGUGUCUGACUGUCUACCAGCUACAUGUGCUGCCACCCAACACCACCAAGAACUUCAAGCCAACAGGAAGCUCAGUGUUGCACAAUCCUGGAGCGAUGUUUGAGCUCAACAACAACCGCUUUGAGGUAAGCCAUGUCCACAAAGUGGAGUGUGUGGUGCCAUGGCUCAGUGACACGCUGGUGUUCUUCACCAUCUCCCUGCAGCUAUGUCAGCAGCUCAAAGACAAGAUAUCUGUCUUCUCCAGUUUCUGGAACUACAGGCCGUUCUGAUCCAGUCGAACCUCCAGAAACGGGUCUUAAUCAAACUAACCACUCAAGUGUAAGGGAUAUCCUGGAAAGCUUUUAUUUUUCUAUGUGUUUAUCAUGCAUUUAGUCAGCCUGAACUGUUGCACGAUGAUCUGAGGAAACCAAUCUGACAGCAGAUAUCAAUAUUUACCAUUUGUGUUGUAGUCAGUGAUUUUUCAUUUGUGUGUGUGUGUGUGUGUGUGUGUGUGUAUGUUGCAGCUUAUGGUAUCAACUUGAACGUCUCAAUAAAUGAAUGUGAUUAUUUGAAUUCUUUAAGUUAAAGCAGUAUGUACCUGGUUGUUGUCCCAGGUAGGUACUUAUCACUCAUCAUGUUGAACACUAGUGUUUGCACUCAGUAUAGGACUAAGCAUCAUCACAGUGGGUGUUUUUUUUCCUAAAAAGACUGAAUUUCCUCUGAUCCGUUUCUAGUUGUCCUUGUUUCUCCUGUUCAUCCUUCAAAGACUUCAAUUGUGCUCUUAGGUUAACACGUACCACUCACCAUUCCACCAUGGUUAGCUCUUAUCAGCUUCUAAAAAUAGUCAAUGUUAUUUGGUCUGGAAGGUGAUACCUUCAAGCUACAGAAACAGUCAAAUUGGCCGUCGACCAAAACUGGUCAAUUAUUAUUUUUUAGCUUGACCAGCUCUGACAGGUGGCCAACCAGUUAAAAUGGCGAAAAUCUGAUCUAUUUUCUAGUCAGUGAACACAGCUCAUUUAAAGGGUUAGUUUGGAUGCUAAUUGAUGUAGUAGUGCAUUCUCUAUGUAAAGGGAAGUGACAGUUCCCAGUCAAAACAAGUAUCUCCCCUGCAGGCAGAAUUCCGGCAGGGAUCAACAGAGGUUGCUGAGCAGCCCUGAGUUUUCUAUCCAAUAUGGCUGCAAUGCAUAGAGCAUGUUAAGAAAGUUGCCAGUAGAAACUAUUUCCAAGCACUUCUGAUGGUUUUUAUCUCAUUUAACCACUGGCUUACAUUUUGCUGUAAAAUAUCUGUUUGUAAACAUUUUCCUAUGUUUGAAUUCAUAAAAUGGGGAGAGAUAAAUAUAUAUCAGUUUGUAGUGAUAAUAGUGGUUAGCAUCCCAAAAUGACUAAUCCCGAUUUUCCAACUAAAACAUUCUGAGAUCGGGUAUAACAUCAUUCCCCGCUUUGAUGUCCAACUUCCGAGACAACUUGAACGCAGCAUUAGAUGUUAAAGAAAGUUACGAGUGUGAGGUCUGCAUUUAUUUUGUCUUUGUUUUAAAUUGUUAGCUAAGCCCUGUUUUACAGCGACUGGUCUCUCUCAUACACAGCAUGACAUUACAUCUGCUUCCGGUGUUAAUAAUAAAUUACCAAUAAUAGGAAGGGCUGUUGACUGUAGUUCUUCAGAUAUUGACUAAAAUUAAUAUCAGUAGGUCAGAACUUUACAAAAAUUGGAAAAUGGGAUUCAACCACAAAUCUCUGAUUGUUGCUUUUCUACUUCAAGCCUCUUUGUCCAUUUUUUUUAUACAAUGCUGCUUUUUCUUUAAAAAACAAGCAACAACGCAAACAAUGAUCAACAUGUCUCUUGUAAAUAAUUUAGUCAUCAAUGAAAAGGUGUUUGUUCUUUUGACAGCUGGUCAUUGUCCUAUACUAAUACAUGAGGAGUACGUUCUUUCUACAGCUACCGGUGUCUGCACACAUUGAUCAGCAUCACUGACCCAAGGUGGCCCUGGACCUGCUGAUAUUGUGGCAAUGAGUUAAUGAUCAGGCUAAGGGAUGAGAACAAGGCAGCUCAACUGAAAGCACACUAAACCCUCCUCACCGUCCAGUGGACAGUUUCUCUACAUCAUCCUCUGAGUGUCUGUGGAGUGGGGCAAAGGGAGGUUUUCUGUUUUUUCAUGACUGGGUUGUCAAGAACAGGAAAAAAAAUCCCAGAUGUGAGGGAAUGAAUUCAGCACUUUUAGGAAAACAUUCCUGCUGUGAUCAGAAGGUGUUUCCUGCCCUUUUACUGAGCAGACAGAAUCAUCUGUUUGAGACCCAGCUCCAGAGUCCACUUCCUGCAAAAACAUUUGCAACAUGCCACAAAUGCUCACAGGAAAAUUGGCAGUUGUUUUGGUCCAUACUGAAAUCAUUUACAUCAAACUUACAAGGCUCAUCUUCAGGCAGGUAUUUGUUGUCUAGUGCUAACUCCAAGGUACCAGAUAACCAGACAGAAUCGGGGUUUUCGGUUCUGCAGCAACAGAAAACAGCAACUGUUUUAGGAAAAUUACAGUUUUGUACACAUUCCUGUAUUUAACCCACUUCUAAGCUAUUUGUGUUAUUUGAUUCUCUUUGUCUGCUGUGUUAGUAUUUAUUAUGCUUCUCAAGUGGUUCAUCUGUGGAACAUUAAUCUAAUCAUGAACAAAUGACUUCAUAACACUAAGUGUAAAUCUGUUAUGAGAAGCAGUCUGUAAUAUGAAAUGUGAAAAUGAUUUCUCUGUGCAAUAAAACUCCUAAUGAACCCGUU